UAAUUGCUUUGAAGUGUAGAAUGUGUUAGAACAGUAAAUAUAACUUAAUGAAUGAUUAGAAAAGUUGAUCAACUUUGCAUGUUUUUGGAAGUUUAGAAUGUAGCACGAUUGGAUCGUGUUUUUAGGAAUUAUCAGCUGAGAAAAAAGAUUUAUCUUGGGACGCCUUCCGGGACUUUUUUUCCCUAAAUAAAACUUUGGGAGCUUAUAUAAGCUCCCAAAAUUAUAAGUCCUGGAAGGCGUCUGGUGGCUUCCGCACCUUCGCAGAGAAGGACGAUGCGCGGAAGCGGAUGAAGCUGAAGAGGAGCAGUGGCAGUAGAAGUGGGAGAGGAAGAGGAAGAGGAGGGUAUCAGUGGUAAAAAAAAUUUAAAAAAUGCUAAAACUUGCUGUUAUUAAUUCAUUCCUCUCAACCCAUUCCCAAAAAUUUUCUUCCUAUAAGUGGUGAGAGUUUCUAUUAAGGUGCCUCCCCUGCCUUGGCGUCCCCUUGCCAUUGCCUACCCUUCCUAUGCCUUUUCUGUUGCCUGCCUUUUAUGGUCUUGCCUUUGCCUACCAUGCCUUGCCUACCCCUGCCUUGCUGAUUCCUCUUCCUGUUUCCUUGUUCCUCCUCCUGUUUUCUUGCCUACUUUGCCGUUCCUUACCGUGCCCUUUUCUUGCCGUGCUUAAUGCCUUUGGUUUGUCAACCUCUUCGCAACGCUUUCUAUAUUGAUUACACACAGCGAAAUCAUUUAGGUAGGCAACAAUUUUUAUAUUGUCAAACCACAGAAAUCCGAAGAACAUUUUUCUCCAAUUUCUGAUAAAUUUUGAUUCCCUGAGGUAUAUUUAGGAUGUGUUGAUUUUUAAUGGCUUUUCAAUUUAAAGAGAUUUGCGUUGUCCGUCCUCCUAUUUUGAGUUAAUUUUUUUGCCACGCCGAAUAAACAAUCGUCGUUGGAAGUCAGGUUCGUCCACAUAUUGACCGAGGGGCGUAAACUAGUUCGUGUACACAGUACGCGAAUACAUUGUAAUCUUCAUUUUGUAAACAAAACAAAGCAUGGUAGUUGUUGCAGUUCCUGGUUUCUUCCAAUUUAAGUAUAAUUAUGAUCAAUAAUGUUGAUAUAGAUGAUAUAAUUAAUGAUCUCAAAUGCUCCUAUUUCCUACUUGACUUACAGAAAGCACUUCAAACAGAAGUGAAGAAGCCUUCGUUGUACAGUGGUGAUGUAAAGAAACAUAUAAAAAAGUUCCUAAAAGAGUCAGGAUAUUCAAUCGAAAUUCAGAAUGUUAUUUAUAAAGUGUUUGUUGACAGAUAUUUGGGUAUCACUCCUUGUAAAAAUGGGGAGAUAGAAACACUGGACUAUAUAAGGAAGGCACAGAAAUCAUGGGAGAAGUGUAUUGUAAAAAGUAUCAACAGCAUGUGCACUGAACUGUCUCUUCCUCUCUCAAGAAAGAGACCAGAGGCUGAUCAGAAAGAUUUGCGUAAAAAAUUUGAGUCAAUGACCCUUGGUGCUGAAUAUAAUGAUCAAAUGUACACUAAACUUCGUCCUGUGUAUUCUUCAGCUGACUUCUUCGAGGUGUUAGUUGGAGUCAAAAAUCCGAAUUACGCUACUGGUAAAAAUAUAACUUCUCAUACAUGGAACAUGAUCCAAGCACAACUUUACACUCCAGAUAUGACUGAUAUUAGAAAGCAGUAUCAUGGUUUAGCAGGUUCGUGCUUUCAACUGGGUGUUGAUGAUCAUGAAGACAGUCCGUUCCAAAAUGAUUGGUUGAAAGUCGGUCAGAGAGUGAUAUCAAAAAAUCACAUGGCUGCAGCAAGGCAAUACAUCAAGCAGGGUUGUUCGCCUGGGUUAAGAAAACAACUAUGGUCAGCCCUGUUGGGUGUACACAUAUCUGAAUCGGACGUGUUAUAUUAUGAGCAACUGAAGACAUACGUGUUUGAAUAUGAUAUGUUAGUGGACUAUCUCAUUAUGAAGGAUGUGCGCCUUACUGCAACAAACGAUGAUUCUUUCUUUGUUUUCGAAGACGUUCUUUACCAGGUUUUGCUAAUAUUCAGUCGUGAUACAUGGUUAUUGGAACAUUUUAAUUACUCAACAGCUACACCUCCAAAAUCGUAUAUCCGAGGUAAGCUUGGCGUGGAGGAAUUCUGUGUUUAUUAUCCGCCCUGUGGUAUCUUUCCUUUUCAUGGAUUUUCAAUGAUGGCUGCGCCUUUGUGCUACAUAUUCGACAAACCGGUGGAACUUUAUUAUAUCUUUCGCUAUUUAUAUACAAGGUAUUUUUUUCGACUUCAUACAAUUUCAUCUCAUCGCGAGGGUAUUUUAUCUUUGUGUACAUUAUUUGAAAAGCUGCUGCACUCUGAAGAGUCGAUUCUUUACCAACACCUAGAUGGUAUCGGAGCCAAACCUUUAAAACUUGUUUUUAAUUGGUUUUUGUUUGCAUACUCUGGUUACUUAGCAGCAGAGGAAAUAUUGCAGGUGUGGGAUCGAAUUCUUGGUUAUGAUUCAUUACACCUGUUGCCAGUAUUGGCUGUGGCAAUCAUAUCAUAUCGAAAAGAAAAUUUGUUAUCCAUUGAUACACCAUUAGCAGCAGAAGCAGUUCUCGCAGAUAUCAGUACGUUAAAAGUGAUACCAGUAUUGAUGCGUUUUUUGUCAAACAGAAGAUUUUAACAAUGCAUCGUUCGAAUGAACCACAACGAUUAUAAAUUUAACAACAAACUUGUUUUUAUUUAUAUAUUUAUUUAUUGUAAAAAAUUGUAUGAAAUUAUAUCAGGCAUGUCAAAUUUAGUAAACAUUUUUCACAAAAAAUGUAGAAUUGGAAAAAACUCUGAUGUA